GCAGGGAGGCGAGCGUGCGGCUGGGACUUCCUUGGAGGCAGGGGAACGUUAAGAUGUUGAAAGCUCCCCGGCCGAGAGGGGCUGCGCGGACGCCAGGCCACCCGGCUAGGGGGGAGCAGGAUGGACAGAGCCGUUGGGGCCGGGAACCGAGGCUGGUAGGGAAGGAUGGACUCCCGGACCUGCCAGGACAGGCAGCCCAGUGACCACCCCAGCAGCAGCAGCAGCAAUUGUAGCAGCAGCAAGAGUAAUUGUGAACGGGAAAGGAUCCGGAGCCGGAUGAAAAUGGUGAUCGGGCAACUGGAAGGCAUCUUACAGGAGCUCAAGGAGGUGGCCAAGGAGCUCCGGGAGGUGGUGAGCCAGAUCGACCGCCUGACGUCCGACUUCGAGUUCGACCUGGAGCCGGACGACUGGACGACGGCGACGGCCAGCAGCACGUCCAGCAGCGACAAGGGCGGAGGCACCUUCGAGCUGGGACCCCUCGAUUUCGCCGCCUCCGACAUCCUCUCCGACAGCUGGGAAUUCUGCUCCUUCCUGGAUGCUUCCACCCCCUCCGACCCGGGCGACGGCCCCGAGCCCCCCCGGCCGCAGCCGCAGCCCCCGCCCGCUCGCCAGCCCGACUACCGGCUGAUGAACGGGGGGCUGCCCAUCCCCAACGGCCCCCGGGGCGGGGGCACCCCGGAUUCGUCCAGCGAGGAACCAGGCAGGAAGGGAUAGCCUUCGGCACGACCAUCAGCCUCCCCUGAAGCUGCCGCAGCCUCCGCCCCGCGCCGGCACGCUGGUGAGCCGGGUCCCCGCAUUAAGCGACAAGCGUGGCCUUUAAAAAGCCCGCCCCUGUGCUGCGCCGAUGCCCGGGAAGCCUCCGCACAGAACGUGGUCUAGUCCCCGGGGGACGAGGGGCCCGAGGAGCCCGCCAGGAAGGUGCCGGGCGGGCCCUCGAAGCACUCGAAAGCCGGCGGCGGCGCGGCCCCGGGCCGGCGGCUGAUGAGGACCAGCAGCACCCAGACCGUGGCCGACAAAAGCACCCAGACGGUGCUGCCUUAUAUCCCGGCCCAGCAUAGGAUUAAAAACAACCACUGACGCGCCGGAUCCGCCGCACGGAUUUGGGGAGGG